AUGUCACCCCCAACGCCUACCACUCCAUUGACACCACCGAUGGCACCCCACCAUCCAAGCCAGCAUCAAAACACACCAGGAUCCUGUGCUCUACGCCUCGAAAACCUGGCACAACAAACCUCCACCGCAAAAAGCGAGCUGAUGACAUCCGUCGCGGCAGACAUCUGCGCAACAUUCAUAAGCAUCGCAAAGUAUUCCGAGGAAGGCACACUUCAAGCGCGACACACCGACGUGAUCGACAAGGUGAUUCAGACGAUUCGCGAUACCGACGUGAAGCAGCGACGCUUGCUGGAUCGACAGGUGCAACGACUGCGCAAGGAGAGGAAGUGGAUCCGGAAGAAGUAUUCGCGGCUGGCUGUGCAGGCGGAUGGGCUGGGUCGCGCCUACCAGAUGAAGAUGCGGAAAUUGAGAAUCUCACUACAAGAGGCGCAGGGGGAGGUGGUGCGUCUACGAAUUGAGCGGGAUAUGUUGCGAGAUUGCUUUAAGAAGUACGAUAUUGAGGACAGUUAUUCGAAUGACAAUGACAAUGUCGACGGGGAGUGUGAGGUUGACACGGGGGAGGAUGUUGAUGGAGAAUAUGAGAGUGCAGAAGAGACUGUCAAGGGGGCAGACCUUUGA